UGAACUCCCGUCAAUUCGCGUUUUCGUACGUGUUUACAUUGCGUCAGCUGAUCGCUUAUAAGCAAUUUACGGAAACAGUUAACAACUACUCUCUUUCUCUCCUUUUAUUUAACAAGGGAGUAUAACAUGGAGCCCAUUGGUCCGGGAAGCCAUGACCGAGCCUGGAAUGAUCCACCCAAGUUUGCUUUCAAUGCGAGUGCCACAGCAGGUGGACAGUCAGGAAGGAGACGUCUCAUGAACAAGAGAGUGCCAAUACCCAUUGGCCCUUCUGAUGGCACUGCACCUGUCUCUCCUUCUCUAAGACCGACUGAUGGACCGCCGAAAGAUGGAGACCUGUUUCGUAUGAAGGGCCCCCAUGGACCACCUCCCACAGUUUCGCCCGCAGUUAGUAAACUCCCAGAUGCAAAGGCUGAAAAGGAGGAGAAGAAAAAGGGGGAUCCUCUGAUUGAGGAAAACUUGAAUACUGAAGAAAUGCUGUCAGAAGUGAAAACAGCUCUGGAUGAGUCACUGGAGAAAGUGUCUGAUGAAUUGAAGAAAAGUGUUUUAGACGACAUCACCAGACGGCUUGAGAUGAUGAAGAAAAUGUGGAUUGAAGGUGAACUCGACCCUAUUGUGCAGAGACGAAUGUUGUUGCUCGCAAGAGCCAUGAGAGAGAGCAAUUACGAUGAGGCUUGGGAUAUCCACCAAGGACUUAUUGUUGACUUCACCAGCGUUUGCUCUUCUUGGAUGGUUGGUGUAAAACGGAUCAUCUCAGACUUUCGAAAAACUGAAAAGGAGGCAGCACCAGAGGUAGCAGAAGCUGAGGUGAAGACCACAGAUGGAGAAGAAAAGGAAGCAGAGGAACUAACAAAGGAUGUGAGUGAAGGUGUCAGCAACCUCUUAGUCCAACCAGAAGUUCAUACAAAGGAAGGGGAUGCUCCAUCUUAAAGUGCAGGAAAUAUGAGCCGAUAGCUUUUUUGUUUUAGUCUUCACUAGUCUGAUGUUUGGCUUCUAUUUGUAUUUGCUCUCUAAUAUCAAGAUCUGAGGGAUCACCUCUAAUAUUUUCAUACUGAUAUUUACAUGACAUCAUUAAAUUAAUACUCUUUUUUCAUACAUUCCAAAACAAAGGAUGUAAAAUCCUUUCCAUGUGCCUUUGUGGAAAUAUUCAUCAAUCAUGCCACUGAAGUGAAUGAGUUCCAGUUUUAACGCAUUUAAAUGUAAUAACCCAAAGCUAGACAUAUUAGGAGUAUCACUGGUUAGUAAGAUAACUUUGUGGUUAUUCUGGUCUGCUGAACAAGUAAAAAAGCAAUAAGCAGUUCAUACAUGAAUCCAGUAUUACUAAUAAAAAAGAGCAAAUAUUGUACUGGACAGAGAGAAAAAGUUUCUAUGAUGUGCAAUAUAUAUCAUCAAAAUUCAUACAAUAAGUAGUAGUGUGUAGCUUUACAUAAGAAAUAGUUCACAUAUUUGAUAUGAUUGCAUGCUAAAUUAGAAAAAAAAGUUUAAUUUUCAAAAAUACUAAAAUAGUUUACAGAUAUGUAUUUAUAUUUAUAGAUAUUUCAUUUAUGAGAAGAAGUGAUCUUACAAUUUUUUGAGUACUUAGUUUAUCAGUGUUUUUUGUAUUGUAUUUUCUAAGGUUUUCCUGCAUUUUCCAGUUUGAUAUUGAUAUAUGCUAUAUAGUAUUUGUUUGGCAACUAUAUAGUUUGUAAAUUAUGUUUCUCCUUUAGAAAAUCAAUGUUUUCUUUAAACUUUUAAGCUGAUUAGUAAAUCAACUUUUGAGGUUUAGUGUUUUAUGAAAUACAGUAUGGGUUUCAAUUGAA